AUGCAAUUYGCAAAUGGAAUGAGGCACAAUACACUAUUGGAGGAACAGAGACAUACUGACCCUCUGUGGCCUUCUGAGCAUAAUGGUCAGCUUCUAAGAGCUCAUCUUGGGAUCCACCGUUCGCGCUCUUCUGCGGGAUUUGGACCACAGCAGAGGCCAUCCUUCGAUGAUCAGUUGGCUCAACUUGAGCUGAACCGUUCAUAUCAGCAAGAACUUCGACAAGAAUUAUUCGAGCGAUCAGCAUCCUUACCUGUAAGUYCAUUGGGGCUGAAUCUGGAUGCUUUAAAUGGUCCUGGACUCUCUCAGGGUCUGGAGUUGCGGGAUGCUACUGCCCACAUGCAAUCUUCUGGCAGAUUGGGAAAUUCCACUCCGGGUUUCAAUCAUCAGACUCCCCGUAUGCCGUUUGGUGAACCACAUUUUUCACAAUUGGAACCAACGGAAGGACGCUGGUCCGGAGCCGAUGCACAGCUAGCUGGUGACUGGGUUGAAUCUCAAUUUCAUAGAUCAAAUAUGGAUGCUGAGCAUCAUAAAAUGAGGCCAGGAAUCAGGAGACUGAGUGAAGGCUCCGGCUCAUGGAUGGUAGAUGGAUCUACAGAAGACAAGUCAAAACAGCUUUUUAUGGACUUGCUCCACCAGAGACCCGGCCACCAAUCUGCUGAGGCACCAAACAUGAAACGUGGGGAAUCUUAUGACAGGAUAGCUCCUUCAGGCCUUAUCCCAGGGUCAGGCUUUAGCCGCACUUCAGACCGUGGUGGUCUUCUAAACGCUUCAUCUGCCUUUGGAGCUCAAGCAUUCUCUGAUGAACAGGUCAACAUAUUACCGGGAGAUGGGAACUAUAUGAGAUCAUUGAACCGUAGUAGUUCCUUGCAUUCUGGAAAUAUCGAUGGUGGGCAGUCAACUCAGAAUGAAACUCAGGCCUUAAGUAAUAUGUUUUCUAGUAACAAAGACGCAAAUGACAUAAAAACUUGGAACAAUGUGCCACCUAAAAAUGAGGGAAUGGGAAGGAUGUCAUCUGAAGCCCAAGACAGGAUGGGCAAGCAAGCAGUAUUGGAAUCCUUGGUUCAAGGCGAGCUUCCUGUUGUUACGCUUGGCCAACAGCAUUCUUUCAAUAUCUCUGGUUUAUCCCGAAAUCCUACUGCUGCAGACCCAUACCUGGUUGGGGAAGAUAGAAGGAAGGAUAGGCUGGUAGUUCCAUCACAUGGGCAAGAUUCAGUUUUGUUAAGAAGGCCCCCCUCAUCCCAUUCGUCAUCAUCACAUGAAGGAUUGCUCGAGCAUAUGUCAGACACAGCUAAUAGGACAGCGACUUCUUAUAGUGGAAUUGAAGGAGGUGGAAGGCGGGAAUCAGGAGAAGCAGGAAACAAAGGGUCAGGGUCAGAAGCAUCAUCGUUCAGUGAGAUGUUGAAGAAGAGUAGUAGCAUGAAGAAGGUGGCAGAGUCAUCUGAUCCAACCGAAGCAAGCAAAGGUGGUGGGAAGAAGAAAGGGAAGAAAGGGAGGCAGAUUGAUCCGGCACUUCUCGGUUUCAAAGUCACAAGCAAUCGCAUGCUUAUGGGCGAGAUUCAGCGGGCUGAUGAUUUUUAA